AUCAACAGCUAAUAGGCUUAUGACACAUGUCUAAGGUGCUGGAGGGUUCAGGAUAUGCUAAUUCUGAGGUUGAGCCAGAAUACAAAAGUGGACAUAAACAGCCUGCAGCAAGAAGAGGAUAUAUAGACCGGAUGGGGCCCUCCUCUCCCUUUCCCUCUCCCCUUCGUAUCUGUCGCCUUUACUAUGUUUACAUUACUGACACACCCCUGACCUUCACCCAGGCCCCCUCCACUGGCCCUAACAGCACACACACACACACACACACACACACACACACUCACACACACACACACACAACAUCAUCACCACCACCAUUUCCACCACAUACCAGAGCUUCCAGUGAACACAAUCAUGACUGAAUAAAUGUCACUUCAAUAAAUAUGACUGCAAAAAAAGAGAGAUAUUAUCGAGGCAGGAGUGCAAAAAUAUCAUCAAUAUUUGCCUGGUGUGGUGGUGUAACGGAGUUGUUUAAUCGUCUAUUUUUAGCAUACUCGGUCGUCUCUCAUGCAUUGCAAAUGUAUGGCAACAUCGCCAUGCAGCGGCAUUGCUUCCCCAGCCUACCACUGUACUGCAGAGUAGACACACCCCUCCAAUACACACGCCUCAAUGCACACAUUUGCAAAGUGUCAAAGAAAUCAUGAAGGCAAAUGCAUGAAACCACACAUUAUGGACCAGACGCAAUUCAUAUUAUGAUUUCAACUGUGUGAUAUCGAAAGCAGCAGUGUUGCGGUUUGUUUGAAUUACACAUACAGAGCCCACAGCCUGUGCCUAUAAAAACACAAAGAGAGAGAGGGAGAGAGAAAACGCACGGCCUCAAUAGGAAGACUUCGACCGACUGAGACGCCAUAUCGCGCCAUAUCUUAAUGCUGGCACGGUGAUCCCCACAUCGGGUCUCCGUUGAUUCAGAUAUCAGUGGCUAAAAAACGAUGUUGCUUUAAACCUCACGCGGUCAAAGUUGUUUACCUCUUCGUUACCUCUGACGUCACGACACACCCCUGUUUGAGGGGGGCGGCUCUCGGCGUUAUGAGCACCGCGACCGACCAAACAGAGCUGGGCUGGACCGAAAUGUCACCAACCGCAACACGGGAGACACGCCGAGCCCACCGGUGAUUGGAUAUUGAAGGGGCUGGGGGGGAAAUCCCUCUUUCCCGUAGAGGUCCUGAAGAGGGGGGCGGUGCAUAACAAAAAAAAAAAAAAAAAAAAGUAAUGGCCAUCUAUUUGGGUCCUGAAGAAGGAGGGAUAUUUCUCGUCGGACUACCGUAGGUGUGAUCUAGUUGUCUCAGUGUUAGCGAGUGUGUUUCACCGUCAUUAAUACUCCCGUUGUGUUGUAGCCGUUUUUCCGUCAAUUGUCCGUCGCCUGCGGUCGCAGAACGGUUAACAAGCUGGCCGGACUAGGUGCCGCGUUUUAGGGUUAAAGCAGCCAGCUAGCCCCGCUAACAUUAGCUACUACCAGCGCUGCUGCUGCUGUGAGUGAGCCAACGUCUGGAAAGGGCGUAAGUUACGAGUUUGACGUUUUUCUCCCCCAAGUCUCCUCACAUUUCUGAGAUAGGUACAACGCGGUCCUCUCUCCUCAAAAGCUACCCCACCGAGUCAACAUGGAGGGGACACACUUUCCAAGAGCAUGAAAGAGGACGACGAACGGCGACCAAAGAGGAUUAAAAGCAACUCGCUCUUGAUGGGGGAAAAGUUGAGCUAAGGAUUAACAACUUGGGAUUAACUGAAGAGAGGUUUCAAGUCUUACCUAUUUUACAAGGGCAUGCUAACACCUCAGUGAUGGAGCCCACGGUUGUGAGUACGUCCACUCUGGCCCCUGAUGAGUUUGAUAGGAACAUACCUCGGAUCUGCGGCGUGUGUGGUGACAAAGCCACCGGCUUCCACUUUAACGCCAUGACCUGUGAGGGCUGCAAGGGUUUUUUCAGGCGCAGUAUGAAGCGCAAGGCGUCCUUCACAUGUCCCUUUAAUGGCAGUUGCACCAUCACCAAGGACAACAGGCGCCACUGCCAGGCAUGCCGGCUCAAACGCUGUGUGGACAUUGGAAUGAUGAAAGAGUUCAUUUUGACAGAUGAGGAAGUGCAGAGGAAGAAGGACCUGAUUCAGCGGAGAAAGGAUGAGGAGGCACAGCGCGAAGCGGAGAGGGAGGCACGGCGACCCCGGCUAUCUGAUGAGCAGAGUCAGGUCAUCGCCACAUUGGUGGAGGCGCACCACAAAACAUAUGAUGACUCCUACUCUGACUUCUGCCGCUUUAGGCCUCCUGUGCGUGAAGGCCCAGUGACACGUAGCGCCAGCAGAGCUGCCUCUCUCCACUCUCUGUCUGAUGCCUCCUCUGACUCCUUCAGUCACUCUCCAGAGUCAGUCGACACCAAAAUGAACUUCAACAAUCUGCUGAUGAUGUACCAGGAGCAGGGCAGCAGCCCUGACUCCAGUGAGGAGGAGGGCUCCAGCUUCUCCAUGUUGCCCCACCUGGCUGAUCUGGUCUCCUAUAGCAUCCAGAAGGUUAUUGGCUUUGCCAAGAUGAUCCCUGGGUUCAGGGAGCUGACUGCAGAGGACCAGAUUGCCCUGCUCAAGUCCAGCGCCAUAGAGGUGAUCAUGCUGCGCUCAAAUCAGAGCUUCAACCUGGAAGACAUGUCCUGGAGCUGUGGUGCGCCUGACUUUAAAUACCAGAUCAGUGAUGUCACUAAAGCGGGCCACACUCUGGAGCUGUUAGAGCCGCUGGUGAAGUUCCAGGUGGGCCUAAAGAAGCUCAACCUGCACGAGGAGGAACAUGUGCUGCUGAUGGCCAUCUGCUUGCUUUCUCCAGACCGCCCAGGUGUGCAGGACCACGCACGGAUCGAAGCCCUCCAAGACCGGCUGUCAGAGACCCUACAGGCCUACAUCCGGCUUCACCACCCAGGAGGACGACUGCUCUACGCCAAGAUGAUCCAGAAGCUGGCCGACCUGCGCAGCCUUAACGAGGAGCACUCCAAGCAGUACCGCUCACUCUCCUUCCAGCCGGAGCACAGCAUGCAGCUCACCCCGCUGGUGUUGGAGGUGUUCGGCAGCGAAGUCUCCUAGGGGGCUCGCCUCUGAACCUCAGCGGUGGAGAGGAAGCUGGAGAGAAGUCCCCUGGGGGUGGAAAAAAAAAAAAAAAAAGGAGGGACGGAGCUGAGGAUGUGCUGGAUGGACUAAACGUAGGUGUGGAGUAUGAAGCAAGUGGAAGAAAGAAAGUGGUGUGUGUGUGUGUGUGUGUGUGUGUUUGUGUGUAUGCGUGUGCGAGUGUACGUCUUUGUGUAUGUGUCAUGUUUAAAGAAGUCUAUCUUGGCGAAAAAGGCCAAGGUCGUAUGGAGAGCAAGCAGAUGUUAAGAGACAGUAAACAAGGGAACUUCAUAUAAUACAGAUUAUACUAUACAUACGAUGUCUGCCUAUAUACAGUGUUUUUGUCUGUAUUUAAAUCAACCAACAGCUGCUUCAAAUGCCUGGACAUUUUGUGUGUGUACAUGUCGUGCACACACCCACACAACAAGCAUACUCAGUUAUUCAUUUAGCCAUUCAGUUGAGCUACCUCUUGGUUUUACUGGGGUUGUUUUAUAUUUACAUCACCUAUGUGAAACAGUAACUUUUACACAGAACAGUUUAGAUACAGCAAAGAUUACAUUUCAGUUUUAUCAGUGCAAAAGCAGUGCCUGCACAUUACCUUAAAUGUUUGAAUACUUUAUUAUUGUUUUUUUUUUUUUGGUUUUUUUGUUUGUUUCAUCUGCUUCUCUCCAAGGCAGCGUAUGUAUAUGACUGUGUAUACGAUUCAAACACAUGCCUUUCACCUUUCACCAAAGGUAUGGUCAACUACUCUCUCUCAAAAGCUUCCAGUACCUGACAAAAAAAAACAAAAAAAAACAACCUUGCUGCUCCGUGGCUUUUUUUUUUUCCACGCAUGCAGCCAAUCGACAUGCUAGCAAAUUGUCUGUCUAGCCUCACAACCUAUGAAGGAAAACUGUCAUUAUUUAGGUUUAUAAUGCAGAGUACAGAAUAUAUAGUCUUUGAUUUUUGAGGUGCCUGGUUUUGAGGUGAGAAUUAGCCACUAAAUGUGUUAGCUACUUUUACACUGCUAACUGUCAAUCAAACCAAGCCCACAUUAUGGCUUGUUGCUCUUUUUUUGUAAUUGUUUUUUCUUCCUCUUCUCUCUCUCUCUCUCUCUUUUUUUUUUUAAUUGUUUCCCUGUAAAUAGUUAAUUGCUACCACAUGUAUCCUAAGCACUGUUAUACCACCUUUUACUCAAGCCUAUGUAUUGCUAUACAGUAUCUAUAUUAUCACAGAUUUUAAAGGGCUAAAAUGCCAAAUCUAACUGGAAUAGUAAAUCAAGGCCAAAGCAAGAGGCCUGACUUGUUUAAUAUAUAGCUGCAUACCAUACUUGGAAUUGGCAUAGAUAUGGAUGUAAUUGCAAUGGAUGCUUUGUUGUUUUUUUUUUGUUUUUUUUUUUUUGUUUUUUUUACGUCAUUUCACCUUUUAAAAACAAUUCCAUGAAUUGUUCCACCUCAGUAUACAGUGAGCUCGGUGGGUGGAGAGCUUGGGAAGCUGCUUCAGACCUCCACAAAUAUCACACCCCUUUCGUUUCUGACUGGGAAGUGGAUUUUCUAGAAUGUCGGAGGGCCUGGUUGUGCACCUCUUCGCCCAGGCCCUCCUGUUUGAUGAUGUAUGCUGCGCAGCCCUCUAGUGGCUGCAUCAUGUAAAUACCAGGUAUAUAUAAUAUGUCCGCUGUACAUAGGGCUACAUAGAUAUUUCUCAAGGCUAAUUUUUUCAAAAAUAUAUAUGCAAAUACAUUAUUGACCCUUUUUUUUGUUUUUGAUUCAUUAUCACUAUGUUUUGAGACACUAUGCUCUUUGUUUUUGACUUUGAACAUGUUUUUUCUUGGUAAGAAUGAGUUAGGAAUGGCUUAAACAGGGAUUGCUUGUGUAUUUUGAUGUAUUUGACUAAUUUCCAAGGUUUAUUUUAAGAAAGAGGACAAGCUAAACAUACCGUGCUGCUCUCUAAUAUAAGCCAUAUAGAUCACCAAGCUUGUUAUACACCGAUACAUUACAGCACAUCAAAAUGAUGACUCCAGAGCCUCGGAUAUUCUCGUUAUAUAAUCUACUAAACUCAUAUGCUAUUUAUCUUUGGCUUUGGAAGAUUCUUUUAAGCUUGUACGCAGUAGGAACUCAUGCCUUCUCUCUGCUGUCAGUCAUCUUUGGCUUAUGCUUCAUCAGACAGCAUCUAAUGGCUUAUAAACCAAACUUCCAAGAGAAUUGAUAUGCUAGGCUUUAGAGGACAGUUAUGUAUGACGCGCUGCAUUUGGGAGGAUGGAAAAACUGACUUCAAGUGACGUCUCUUAUGUUGAGACAGUUCCCCAAAGAAGAAGAUAAUGAUGAUGAUGAUGGUCCCUUCUUGUCUUCUGUUUGCUAUGCGGCUGAAGACAUCUGUUCAAAUGGUUCCUGUGAUUGGCCAUAUGGGCUUCCUGUGUCAGGCCGAGAGCUUCCUGUGACAUCAUCUCAGCAGACCAGGGCUACUCUGUGAUCUUAGUGGAAGAUUGUGAGCGAGAGCAUACAGUAUGUGUGUGUGUUACUCAUUCGUGAGGAGAGUCGAGACAGUUGGCGCUUGAAUCUGUUCAGCCCAGAUGGGUUCUACCGUAGGAUCCCAAGUCCAUUCUCCAUCACUGUGGCUUUGUUCAAACAUUCGCUACCAGUCACUGUGACACCCUGCAAGCCGACAGUCGGGGCUUUACGUAUAGAUUAUUUGUAUAGCCCAGAUAGUAAAUAGAUUUUGGAUGUUUCCAUAUUCCUGUAAUCACGAGUUUGGUUUUCUUCCUGAAAUCACUGGGAUUAUAAAAUUAUAAUUAUAAUUCCACGUGUCCCGUAAAUUUCCCUGCUGUGAUUGAACUUUUUAAGGAGUUGAGGCUCGAGUGUCUCUAGGCAGUACCACUCAUAUGUAUAGUAUGUCAGUUUGAUGAGGGGUAUGAUGUGCUUGGUUACUGAACACUGACUUUUGAAGUUUUGAAAAGUCUCCAUGUUGAUUUUUCUGAAUACAUACUUCUGUAUGUAGAUAUUGGUUUGAUUUUGUUCUAUUGUCUUCUUUGAGAUAGAGAUGCAGUGUUUGAUUUGUGUAUGUUUAAUACAGUGGGAGGUUUGGUGAACAUGCAAGUGCCACAGGGAGAGUUCCCUCCACACAAGAACAGGGUAAAAGAGGAGAGUUGCUCUUGGGGAUCUAAAAACCGAACGGGAAAACUUUUUGACGAUGUUUCAUAUAGCCACUUAUUGUGACAGGGAAGUUCUGACUGUAGGUUUUAUCAUAAGCGGGAAACCCCCUGUUUCCCAACCGUCACACUAUACAUAACACGCUGAUACAGUUAAAUGUAAAUAUGGUGCAUCCACUGGUUUUCCUGUUUGGUUUUACCAUGGUAGGCUGCUCAGAAUCUGUAAGUUUUAACUCUGCAUUGUGGUUGUUCAAAUAUUGGAACUUGAAAACUAUCCAGCGAUGGAAAUCUACAGCAAAGAGAUGCAUCCAUCUCUGUUUAGAUUUCUGUUACCCUUCAAGAUUGGCAACGUAACACAGUAACAAUGCAAUAUACAACUCAUGGUACACUAUCACCAGCAAGCUUUACAGUUUAUCAAGUUAGUAGACAUUUUUGAAGUUUUUUGUAUAACUGUUGCCAUUACAAACCCUGUCUGUAAAAACAUGUAUAUCGUUUGCAGAAAAACCGCUGGCCAUCUCCCAUGCAAAAGGCUCUCAAGUCUUUUAUUUUUGUUCCUCCAAUUAGGACAGGGAUUGUAAUGGAAUCAACUUAAUGUAGUUCUUACAAAAAAGGAGUGUCCACAAUGGAUGUACACCAUAAUCUACCUAAAAAACCUACCUCUUUUAGCUCAGAUUUUGCUUUAGCAUUAAGCAUUUGCCUCUGUUUUUACUUUUGUAAUAUUUGUAUUCAUGUUGGUAUUUAUUGCUGUCUAAUGAGUCAUACUUCAAUGAUUACCUCAGAGAUAUCUCACAGAUUUGGGAGAGUCCAGCUAAUGAAGUCAUUCAUAGUUUUUUUUUUUUUUUUUGUACAGUUUUUCUUCUCAGACUUAGCAUUGCCUUUUAUUUUCUUUUUUUUUUUUUUUUACGCACAAAAUACCAGGAGUGUUUUUAAUAUAGUGCCUGCACUCUGACCAACGGGGCUCAGACUGGCUAGGAUGAGGCUGCACUUGCUCCAAAAACAAACAUCUUUUUCUCCCUCUCUGCAACUUUGUCCUUUGGAUAUUUAGGUGAUUUUCAGCGACCGACGCAAUUAAUCUUGUUGCCACAUUGCUGAUAUCUGCCUUAUCUUUUUAGUUCUUAAGGGCAAAUUGGGGAGUGGAACAAUCUGGAGUAAGUGCAGCUGUAAAGAAGGAACAACCUGAAAGACUUUGUGGCAGUAGGAGAAAUGAGAGGUGUGUUUGCGCUCCACUUGGUACUGUUAGCAUGGUCUUUGCUCUGUAGUACGCCAUCCUUACCUUUUCCCUCUUACUCGCCCCGUCAUUUCCUCCGUACACCUCUCUGUGUCUUCACCUCUCCUUCUGUCCUAAAGUCUGCUCCCGCACCUUCAUCAUUCCCUGCCGAUGUUUGGUCAAACGAGGGGAAUUAGGAGAGGUGAAAUCCUCAGUAUCCAUGCAAUGCUGCUUUUAUCUUGAGCAUCACCAAGUCGCGUGUCAUUGACACAACGUAAUGCAGGCAUCGUCCAAAGUGUCGGCCCCCAGCAGCACGACAGGCCUCAUUGGAAGAUUGUGUCUCUUGACUCGUACGCAACUUAGUGGUGCUCAUUGGAAACAAAAAUUCCAUUCAGAUCCUAGUAUCAUAUUAACGGAGCAACUACUCACUUUGGUGAAUUUAAACCAAGUUUUUUUUGUAUUCAUGUCAAACUGCUUCAGGUAAACACUGAAUGAAAUGAAAGAGUUUUUAUUAAUCAGUGAAUACUAAGGAACAAUAUCGCCAUGGUCACAUCUACCCUGAGCUGUGUGCCAUAUGACCCUUUUAAUGCAGGGGGAGGGUGUUAACGAAGCUGGCUUCAGAUGUUCCCCAGCUUCAUUUUAAUGGGAAGGUUGUCCGAGUGUGAGAUUGGCUUAUUGCUUAGUACUCUGUCAGCCAUGUAUAUUGAUCUUUUAUAAAGAGUAAAUUUGAAUUUGGCAUUGAAUUUCUAACCCUGCGUUGUGAACCCAAAUCAUGCCACAUUCAAUUAUAAAUGCCUGAACCAACAAAAGCACUUAAUGUAAUGUUUGUAACACAUGCAUACUGAUGAAUCUACUAGCCAUAAACUGCCUGUGUAGGUCAGCAUGAUAUGGCUCCAAUUAUCAAAAAAGUCACCUAAAUUCUUUUUUUUCAAAGAUCUUCUUUUUUCUAUUAUAAAUUGGUGUUUAUGUAAUGUUAUUUUUGUCAGAUGUUUUGCAAAUCAAAAAUAAACAGUUGUACAUAGCA